UCCACUGCUGAUUAUAUGACCCUGGAUGUUAGGGUGCUGGACCAGAAGAGAAGGUUGGACUCUGAGGAACACAUCAUGAAGUUGCAUUUGGCAGCAGCUCUGUCUUCUUUGGUGUCGUUGCUCAUCUGUCUGUCUCCAGUUUGCUGUCAGCAGCCUGUGAACUGCAGAUGGGGGGCUUAUGGAGAGUGGUCUGAGUGUGAUGGCUGCACCAGCACAAAGGUGCGUACUCGCCACGUGCAAGUGUAUGCCCAGUUUGGGGGUGUGCCAUGUUCAGGAGAAGCAACACAAACACAACCGUGUGUCCCACAGAAAAGAUGUCCAUUGGAAACAGGAUGCGGAGACAGGUUCCGCUGCACCUCCGGUCAGUGUAUCAGCCGCUCUCUUCUGUGUAACGGAGACCAGGACUGUGAGGAUGGUCUGGAUGAGAGAGGCUGUGGCCAAGACAACAGCCAGUACUCAUGUGACCUUCACAAAACACCUCCCAACUCUGACUUCACAGGCAGAGGGUAUGACGUGUUGACAGGGAAACUGAGAGCAGGUGUGAUCAACACUCUGAGCUUUGGAGGCCAGUGCAGGAAGGUGUUCAGUGGUGACCACCAAGUCUAUUACAGACUGCCACGGAACAUCCUCCGGUACAACUUUGAGGUGAAAGUAAACAAUGAUGAGAAUGAUGAAUCCUACGAAAGCUCCUGGUCCUACAUGCAACACAUCCAGUCCAACGCCUUGGUGGGACAUGACCGCCGCACCUUCCACAGAGAUGUCACUGAGUCUAAGGCCCACAGAUUGAUAAUCCUGAAGAAUAAAGUGGAGCUGGCACAGUUCCAAAACUCUGCCCCCCAGUAUCUUACCCUGGCCGAAGGCUUCUGGAAGGCCCUGUCCUCGCUGCCGCUCACAUACGACUACUCUGCCUACCGCCAGCUGCUUCAGACGUACGGCACACACUACUUCUCUGAGGGCUCCCUCGGAGGCGAAUACCAAGCCUUGUUGGAGAUAGACCGUCAGUUCCUCUCUUCAUCCAAUACAACAGACUUUGAGUACAAGAGGUGCUGGAGGAAAGUGAAACGCCGUUUGUUCAGGAAGAAAGUGAAAACUGUCUGUGAAAAACUGACAAAAUCUUUAUCAUCCAGCCAUGGACACAAUGUAAAUAAGAUGCCCAUUAAGGUCAACAUUUUUGGUGGAGAUCUGUCCUUCAUAGCUGCUCUGUCUGUUCUGGAUCUGGAAAAUCCAGAAGCUAACGGAGAGGUCUAUGAUAACUGGGCUUCAUCUGUCAAAGACUUCCCUGAUGUCAUAGACCAGAAGCUGCGUCCUCUGUAUGAGCUGGUGAAGGAGGUCCAGUGUGCAGGUUUGAAAAAGCUCCACCUGAAAAGAGCCACAGAGGAGUACCUGGUGGAGGAGCAUCCCUGUCACUGCCGGCCCUGCCAGAACAACGGAGAGCCGCAGCUGACAGGCUCCGAGUGUAGCUGCGUCUGCCGGCCGGGAACCUCCGGACGAGCCUGCGAGAGUGGAGCUGUGAUUGGAGAGCAACCAGGGGUGAUCCACGGCAGCUGGAGCUGCUGGUCAUCCUGGGGAUCUUGUUCCAAUGGUCAAAGGAUGAGGACUCGCAGCUGCAACAAUCCCGCGCCCAGCAGAGGCGGCCGCUACUGCACUGGAUUGCAAGAGGAGCGGAGUCCUUGUGAGGAGCCAGAGAUCCAGUAUUUACAGAGGAUGGAGCCUCAGUGCUUCAGUCUCUCUGUGACUCCACCUAAAACAUGUGGUCCACCUCCUAACCUCAGGAAUGGAUUUGUUGAGAAUCCAAGAGAUUUUUACCAGGUUGGAAGCAUAGUGGAAUACUCCUGCAUAAGCGGCCAUCACCUCAGUGGAAACGCUGUGUCUCGGUGCACUGAAAACCAGAGGUGGACGACAGAAACAAGGGUUUGUAAAAGUUCCACAUGUGGGAUUCCCCCUCUCACCGGUGAUGUUAUAGCCACACCCACCCAAGCAGCCUAUCAGAUUGGAGACAGUGUGUCUCUCUCCUGUCCUGCGCAGUCGGUGCUGGAUGGUGAAGUGUCAGAGAUCCUAUGCAACCCCAGUCUGCAGUGGUCUCCCUCUCCAGCAGGCGCUCGUUGUAAAGCAGCUCCUACACCUCCCUCUCUUCCAUCCGGCCUCAAGUGUAAACUGUGGGAGAAUGUAGGAAAAACUGGGUGUGUGUGUAAAAUGCCAUUCCAGUGCUCGACUUCUCUGCAGUUGUGUACCAGAUUUAGCUCAAGCCAAGCCCGUUUAUUCAGCGUCUGUCAGCUCGGGGCUCUUCGGUGUUUGGGACGGAGCUUCACGUUGGCCAGUGACAGCGACUGUACCUGGCCAGAGGAGACAUUCACAUCCUGCGAGGCUUGCAAACCAGGAACAGUCUGUCAGGAAUCAGAAAGGAAGUGCGUAUGCCAAAACACGUCAGAAUGCCAUAAAGACUCCGCCCCCCUGUGCGUUAACUCUGGUGUGGGCAGUGUUGCCACGACGAUGAGCGAAUGCGAGGUGGGGGCCAGACGGUGUGCUGGGGAGCAGAUGAACGUGAUCGGAAUUGAAGCUUGUCCAGAAUAAAGAAAGUGGUUGUUUUACUCACUGUGAAGUAUCACACUGGAAACCGGACAGAUUUUUUUUUCUCACUGACAUGAUUGUAAAUAGAAGCUAAUGUCUUUUCUUAACUUGAAUGAUGUAAAUAGGCUCCUCUGCCAUCCUGUGCUUUCUUCCUAUAUUUGUCAUAGAGGACCAAGGGCGUAGGUUUGGUCUCAACAUUGGUAGGGACACAACAACCCAGCCAUCCCUCCAAAACAAAGAGGAAUUUUUAAUGCUUUCGACUGAACGGUUUAUUAACAUGUAAGAUCUGUAUUUACAUUUAAAUAAAAAACUUUACACAAUAACA